UAGCAUGCAAUUUGCUCUUCUCCCAUUCCCUCCACGUCUGGUGUUGACACUGGCUCAUACAUAAUUGCAUCACCACCGCCAUUCAACGCAGCAGAUGUGCCCCUGAUUGUUGCCCUGCUGCACUGACAGCAGUCCUCUCAUUCCGCCAUGAGUCGGUCAGUCUCAUUGACCACCGAUGGUCAUCGCCCCAUGUCUAGUGACAGUAAUCUUCCCCAGAGUCCAACGGUUGCUGCUUCUGUUGGUAUCAGCAAUGCCGAUGGGCCUCUCUCCCCUACCUAUCAGAUCGACGGAGACCAUAUAGGGGCUCUCAACCCUGUGGCGACACCACAACCCUUCAAUGGUGACCAGCCAAAAGUCUACCUUGAGCUCCGGGAUGGCCAAGUGUUCGAAGGCCUGAGCUUCGGUGCCAACAAAAGUAUUUCUGGCGAACUCGUCUUUCAGACCGGCAUGGUCGGCUACCCAGAGUCCAUCACUGAUCCGUCAUACCGCGGUCAGAUCCUUGUUAUUACUUUUCCAUUGGUUGGCAACUACGGCGUACCCUCCAGAGAGACCUUGGACGAGUUGCUCGGGGAUCUUCCCAAGCACUUUGAGUCCGACCAGAUCCACAUCGCAGGACUUGUGGUUGCCUCAUACGCGGGUGAGAGUUACUCUCAUCACCUGGCUACUUCUUCUCUGGGCGCCUGGUUGAAAGAACAAGGCGUUCCGGCCAUGUGUGGCGUCGACACUAGAGCACUGACAAAGAUAAUUCGAGAGGAAGGCAGCAUGCUUGGCCGCAUGCUUCAGACACGAGCCUCUUCAAAGUCAAAACUUUCCAAUGGUGUCAAGCCUGAUGCAUUGUCAAAUGGAGACAUCGUGAUGGGCCCACAGAACUGGCAAGAACAAGCUGAACGAGUGGAGUGGCAUGAUCAGAACAAGAGAAACCUUGUGGCAGAGGUGUCCGUGAAGGAGCCUCGAGUCCUCUCGCCUCCCGCAACCAGAGCUCUACUUCAUCCCUCUGGCCGGCCCGUCCGUGUGGUCGUUGUAGAUGUCGGCCUAAAAUACAACCAGCUUCGAUGUCUACUAUCCCGAGGGGUGGAGGUUCUGGUGGUGCCGUGGGAUUAUAACUUUCCGGCCCUUGCUGGAAAAGAUUACGAUGGAUUGUUUAUCUCCAAUGGUCCCGGAGAUCCCGCAAUGCUCUCAACAACGAUCAAACACAUCUCGGAGGCUUUGAGGGAAGCCCGAACUCCCAUUUUCGGCAUCUGCCUUGGUCAUCAAUUACUAGCUCGCGCAGCUGGAGCAGAGACGUUGAAAAUGAAGUUUGGUAAUCGCGGUCACAACAUCCCUUGCACAAACCUUUUGUCCGGCCGAUGCUACAUCACUUCACAGAACCAUGGUUUCGCUGUUGAUUCCAUGACCCUCCCUGAAGGUUGGGAAGAAUUGUUUGUGAAUGCAAACGAUGGCAGCAACGAAGGCAUUCGGCACGUGUCUCGGCCGUACUUCAGCGUGCAGUUCCACCCUGAAUCGACGCCCGGACCCCGAGACACCGAAUUCCUAUUCGAUGUCUUCAUUGAUGCAAUCAUGAAGAGCAUCGAUUCUGUGGAUGCUCUACUCCUGCCUGUAUCCUUCCCAGGCGGAACAAUCGAGGAGAACGAGCAAGCACAUCCUCGUGUCUCGGUUAAAAAGGUUCUGGUCCUUGGGAGUGGUGGCCUUAGCAUUGGUCAAGCAGGCGAAUUCGAUUAUUCCGGCAGCCAGGCAAUCAAGGCUCUCAAGCAGGAAGGAAUUUACACCGUGCUGAUCAAUCCGAACAUUGCAACCAUACAAACCUCUAAGGGUCUGGCUGACAAGGUCUACUUUCUCCCCGUCAACGCGGACUUUGUUCGGAAAGUCAUCAAGUAUGAGAGGCCGGAUGGAAUUUACUGCACGUUUGGCGGCCAGACUGCUCUACAAGUUGGCAUCCAGCUCAAGGACGAGUUUGCGGCUCUUGGGGUACAAGUAUUGGGGACUCCAAUUGACACCAUCAUUACCACUGAGGACCGUGAGCUUUUCGCGAGAAGCAUGGAGUCGAUUGGAGAGAAGUGCGCCAAGUCAGCAUCUGCUUCCAGCCUGGAGGAGGCAAUGCGAGUGGUUCAAGUUAUUGGAUUUCCUGUGAUUGUCAGAGCCGCUUACGCUUUGGGAGGACUUGGUAGCGGAUUUGCGGAGGAUCCGAAUCAGCUGCGCGAGUUGUGCACGAAAGCAUUCGCUGCAAGUCCGCAAGUGCUCAUUGAGAGGAGCAUGAAGGGCUGGAAAGAGAUCGAAUACGAGGUCGUGCGAGAUGCCCGAGACAACUGCAUAACCGUCUGCAACAUGGAAAAUUUUGAUCCCUUAGGUAUCCACACCGGGGACUCGAUCGUCGUUGCUCCGUCGCAAACACUGUCGGAUGAAGAUUACAACAUGCUACGUACCACAGCCGUCAAUGUCAUUCGGCAUCUGGGCGUUGUGGGAGAGUGUAACAUCCAGUACGCUCUCAACCCCUUUUCCAAGGAGUACUGCAUUAUAGAGGUGAACGCGAGACUUUCUCGCUCUUCUGCUCUUGCCUCGAAGGCGACGGGAUAUCCACUGGCGUACAUUGCCGCCAAACUUGGACUAGGAAUUCCCUUGAACGAGAUAUCCAAUUCGGUCACGAAAAAGACUUGUGCCUGUUUCGAACCUUCGCUCGAUUACGUGGUCGUCAAAAUCCCCAGGUGGGACUUGAAGAAAUUUACCAGAGUGUCUACUCAACUCGGGUCAUCGAUGAAGAGUGUUGGCGAGGUCAUGUCCAUCGGUAGGACAUUCGAAGAAGCCAUUCAGAAAGCUAUUCGCUCUGUCGAUUUCCAUAAUCUCGGCUUCUCAGAUAUCUCAAAUCCUCUCAUGUCAGUCGACGACGAAUUGCAGACCCCAUCAGACCAAAGAAUGUUCGCAAUCGCCAAUGCCAUGCACGCGGGAUAUUCUGUGGACAAGAUCUGGGAAAUGACCAAGAUUGACAAGUGGUUCCUGUCUCGACUGAAGGGGCUGAGCGAUUUCGCCAAACUCAUGUCCACCUUCACGGCAACGAGCGUCCCUCCCGCGUUGAUUCGCCAGGCCAAACAACUUGGAUUUUCGGACAGACAGCUAGCUCGAUACUGGAACUCGAACGAGCUGGCAGUGAGACGUCUGAGGGCCGAGGCAGGCAUACAUCCCUUUGUCAAGCAGAUUGAUACUGUUGCCGCCGAGUUUCCCGCGUACACGAAUUAUCUCUAUCUUACCUACAACGGCACAGAGCACGACAUCACAUUCAACGAUCACGGAGUGAUGGUCUUGGGAUCGGGUGUCUACCGCAUUGGUUCCUCUGUGGAAUUCGAUUGGUGCUCAGUCAGAGCCAUCCGCACUCUCCGGCAGCAAGGCUUCAAAACGAUCAUGGUCAAUGUGAACCCGGAGACCGUAAGCACUGAUUUUGACGAGGCCGACAGGCUGUAUUUUGAGAACCUUGGUCUAGAAACGGUUCUGGACAUCUAUCAGCUGGAAUCUGCCAGUGGUGUCAUCAUUUCCAUGGGUGGACAGACGCCCAACAAUAUCGCCCUACCUUUGCAUCGGCUGAAUGUAAAGAUACUGGGAACAUCCCCAGAAAUGAUUGACUCGGCCGAAAAUAGGUACAAAUUCUCCCGGAUGCUGGAUAGGAUCAAUGUGGAUCAGCCUUCCUGGAAGGAGCUUACCAGCAUCGAGGAUGCCCUGCAGUUCUGCGAAAAGGUGCAAUAUCCUGUUCUAGUGCGACCAUCAUAUGUUCUCUCUGGAGCAGCGAUGAAUACCGUGUAUUCCAAGGACGAUCUCGCCAGCUACCUCAACCAAGCAGUUGCCGUAUCAAGGGAGCAUCCUGUUGUGAUUACGAAGUAUAUCGAGAAUGCCAAAGAGAUCGAAAUGGAUGCCGUCGCAAAAGACGGUGUCAUGACAGGGCAUUUUAUCUCCGAGCACGUCGAAAACGCCGGUGUUCAUUCGGGAGACGCCACCCUCAUUUGUCCUCCGCAGGAUCUUGAGCCCGAAACCAUUGCUCGAAUUGAGGAAGCGACGCGCAAGAUUGGGAAUGCGCUCAAUGUCACAGGUCCAUUCAACAUCCAGUUCAUUGCCAAAGACAACGAGAUCAAAGUUAUCGAGUGCAACGUGCGAGCCUCGAGGUCAUUCCCCUUUGUCUCGAAAGUCAUGGGCGUGGAUCUUAUCGAGAUGGCGACCAACGUGAUGAUGGAUAAACCUGUGACCCCUUACCCGCCCAUCAACCUGCCUCCAGACUAUGUCGGUGUCAAGGCACCUCAAUUUUCGUUCUCUCGCUUGUCGGGAGCAGAUCCCGUACUGGGCGUCGAGAUGGCGUCGACUGGAGAAGUUGCCUGCUUUGGACGAGAUCGCUACGAAGCUUACAUCAAGGCAACCAUUUCGACUGGCUUCAAACUACCUGAGAAGAAUAUACUUCUCUCUAUCGGGUCAUUCAAAGACAAGGUGGAAAUGCUUCCUUCGGUCCAGAAAUUGCACCAGAUGGGAUAUAAUAUAUUUGCAACAUCUGGCACGGCUGACUUUCUCGAGGAGCACGGCGUCAAGGUCAAAUACCUGGAAGUUCUUGCUGGAGAUGACAAAGAUCAAAAAUCCGAAUAUUCUCUGACCCAGCACCUCGCCACCAACAUGAUCGACCUCUAUAUCAAUCUGCCCUCCAACAACAGAUUCAGGAGACCUGCCAACUAUAUGAGCAAAGGCUAUCGGACCCGGAGAAUGGCUGUCGACUACCAGACUCCUUUGAUCACGAACGUCAAAGUUGCCAAGAUCCUCAUCGAAGCACUAGCCAGGCACUAUGACUUGAACAUCCGGAAUAUCGACUUCCAGACCAGUCAUCGAACAGUGGUUCUUCCGGGACUGAUCAACGUGGCAGCAUUUGUGCCAGGUAUUACUCAGAGGGGGUCUCCGGACUUCUCCCUCGUUACCAAGGCGUCGAUCGCGGCGGGCUUUAGUAUGGUUCGGGUGAUGCCUGUCGGCAUCGAUAGUGCUGUCACCGAUGCUCGCUCCUUGAAAAUCGCACAAUACAAUGCCCAGAGUGGAGCAUUCUGUGACUUCAACCUAUCCGUGGCGGCCACCGAUUCUAAUUCCGAGCAGAUCGUCCACGUCAAGGAAGAGGUUGGCUCGCUCUUCAUCCCUUUCAACCAUCUCUCCUCUGGCAAUAUCAACAAAGUUGCAACCGUGACAGCACAUUUCGGAACUUGGCCGUCAUACAAGCCUAUUGUGACCGACGCAAAGACCACAGAUCUAGCAUCAAUCCUCUUGCUCGCUAGCCUACAUGAUCGAAAAGUCCACGUGCACAACGUCACGUCCAGGGACGAUAUCAGUCUGAUUGCUCUUUCGAAGGAGAAAGGCUUGAAAGUCACCUGUGACGUGUCAAUCUACAGUCUCUUUUUGUCUCAGUUGGACUACCCCAAAUGCUCUGCGCUCCCGACCGCGGCCGACCAGCGAGCUUUGUGGGACCACCUUCCAACAAUUGAUGUGUUCUCGAUAGGUAGUCUGCCAUACCAGAUUGCCGGCGAAGAUGCAGGUCCGACUGUGGGGAUCACUGAUGCUCUUCCACUGCUAUUGACGGCGGUGUCAGAAGGAAGGAUGACGGUGGAGGACGUCAUCGGACGCCUGCACGACAACCCGACGGCCAUCUUUGAGCUUCACGACCAGCCUUCGACGUCUGUCGAGAUUGAUAUUGAUCGCCCCUAUGUUCUUCAGGCCGGCGAGGUGUGGUCGCCAUUCGUCGGAAGGACUUUGCGGGGUGCAGUCUCGAGAGUCAUUUUCCAGGGCAAGACCGCUUGCCUCGAUGGUGAACUCCUUCUUGAUGGACCUCGAGGUUCCGACAUGUCUUCACACCUGCUCCACCCUGUAUCGACAAUGGGGACUUCUGGGUCUCCAGUCAUCCAGGCACAAGUGGAAAGUCCAGGCGACAGACGAACCUCCGCUCUCGACACCACGGCAAACAGACGUGUCUCGAUGAGCGCCCGGAGCAGGCCGAUCGUCCGGGCUCGGCCCAUGGACGAAGUCCUCGAGACGACCACUCCGAUGCUUCCAACUGCAGCGUUGUACCAACCGCAACCUCCAUCCACAAUCUCGCCGUCUCUGCUCUCUCUUCUGGCUUCAUCGCCUUUCAAAAACCGCCACGUCCUCUCCGUCAAUCAAUACAACCGUCAAGAUCUGCACAUCUUGUUCACCGUGGCACAGGAAAUGCGGCUCGGUGUGCAACGCCAAGGCAUCCUCCCCAUCCUGCAGUCCCGUGUUCUGUGCACCAUGUUCUACGAGCCCAGCACGCGCACGUCCGGGUCCUUCGACGCUGCAAUGCAACGGCUAGGAGGUCGCACCAUCGCCAUCAAUACCGAUCACUCUAGUACCCAAAAGGGAGAGACCCUGCAGGACAGUAUCCGGACGCUGGGCUGCUACGGCGACGCGGUAGUACUCCGCCAUCCGGACGAAGAAUCCGCCGCCACUGCAGCCAAGUUUUCCCCAGUGCCCAUCAUCAACGGAGGAAAUGGGAGCCGUGAACACCCCACCCAGGCCUUCCUCGACCUCUUCACCAUCCGCGAAGAGUUGGGUACUGUGACCGGUCUCACGGUCACGUUCACAGGUGACCUCAAGUACGGACGCACGGUCCACUCCCUGGUUAAGCUCCUCCAGUACUACGAGGUGCGCAUCAACCUCGUGUCGCCCAAAGCGCUUGCCUUGCCGCCUGAAGUGCGCGACCUCCUGGUGUCUUCGGGCCAACUGGCCAUCGAGUCCGACACGCUCACCCCGGAGAUCGUGGCCAAGAGCGACGUGUUGUAUUGCACGCGCGUCCAAAAGGAGAGAUUCCCCUCGCUCGACGAAUACGAGAGGUUGAAGGACAGCCUGAUCGUGGACAACUCGGUCCUUAAACACGCCAAGCAGAGCAUGAUUGUCAUGCACCCGUUGCCGAGGAACAGGGAGAUCAGCGAGGAAGUCGACUUUGACCAGCGCGCCGCCUACUUCAGGCAGAUGCGGUACGGGCUGUACACGAGAAUGGCGCUGUUGGCGCUCGUGUUGGCGCAUUAGAACGAGAAAGCUGCGGAAGCAGUUGGUGCCAGAGAGGUUUCUAUCUCCGGGUGUGCUAUUUUCCAUCUUUCCUUUGGGUCGUAGAACGGCAUCUGGACGGAGGGAGUGCUAACGGAGAUCAAAAACCACGAACACGAAAAAAUCAACCAAGAAAACACGAGCCAAAAAAAAAGAGAAGCGUUGAAAGCUUGAUCAAGACAUGAUAUGACAAGGGACCGACACCCAGCACCAACAACCACCAAAAAAAAACACAGGACCUGGAAAACGGAAACCGGAAACCGGAAAGACUAUGGUCUGCGCGACCUCGAAAAGACAAAACUGGAAUGGGAGACUGAAAAAAAAAAAAAAAAAAAAAAA